CAACAACAACUUCAUUCAUUCUGUACAACAUAUGUGAGUGAUGUUAUUGUGAGAAAAUACCCAUUUCUUUAUACCGAAAUGCGCAGAAGAACCGAAGUCCAAGCCUCGAGUGAUGAAUCUCCCGACGCGAGUAGAAAGGGUCCUGAUCAGAGGCCUCGGGCUGAAGCUGAAAGAAGAGUUUCAUACAGCUCUGUGCUCAUCAACAUUGGGAAGUGUUUACUGUUAAUCAUCUUCGUCCCUCCAUUCCUCAACUAUGCAUCACUACAGAGAGAAGGACAGAUGCUUUUGCCCAAAGAUGGCCUGAUUGUCGAUGUGGGUUUGGGUCAAAAGAUGCAUCUGUUGUGUAAAGGACGAGGACAACCUGUUGUUAUACUGGAUGCACCUACUGGAAUGUCCUCAGAUGUUUGGUGUCAUGUCCAAGAGAGUGUUGCCAAACUGACAAAGGUUUGCACCUAUGACAGAAUGGGACUGGGCUUCAGCAAGCGGCUGAUGCAGAAUGAAACCACAGGAACAGAGAAAGUUUGGGGGAUAUCAACAACCGGAAGGAUGGUGGAUGAUCUCCAGCGACUGCUCCAGGCUGCAGAGAUAGCCCGGCCCUUCAUCCUGGUGGGCUCCGAGCUGGGCGCGCUCAACGGCAGGUUCUACAGCCACAUUCACGACGUGCAUGUGUCCGACCUGGUGCUGAUUGAUCCCAUCCCGGAGGACGUUUUUGAAGAGGACCAGUGGAGAGAGUACUGGUAUGGGAAGCUGCUGCCGUCGCUGCAGGCCCGGCAGUUUUCGGCCGCCACGGGGCUGAGCCGCAUGCUGCUCAUCCUGGGAGCCAUUCAGCCCGCGAUCCGAGGCCAGAACGUGUCGGAGGAGGUCAUCCAACGCCAGAAAUACCUGCUCAGUAACCCGGCACAUCAGAGCAGCGCUGUGGACGAGCACUACUUUCUGAAUGAAAGUGCAGCUCAAGUGAAGGACAUCACUAAGUUCAAGCCCCUCUCCAGCCGGACGUCCGUGAGCGUGCUCACCGGGGAUCUGUUUGACGAGGAAAUGCCAGAAGACCUGAACCAAAUGGUAGCCAAGCUUCAAAAGAGGUUUCUGAAGGAAUCCUACCCAUCAGCCAAUCACAUUCACAUAAAAGGAGCAGACCGGCGAAUGAUCUACAAGAAGCCAUCUGCCAUCAGCCAGCACCUGAGGAAGCUCGUCAACCAGCGACAAGCCAAGCAGCAGAGCGAGUGACCCGUGGCCAAAACGGAGCUGCACCCCGCACACGGACAGUUAAAUACGUUUUAAACAUUCAAUAAAAAAAACUGAACUUAUCUUCUU